UCACACACACAUACCUACACACACACACACAUACCUACACACACACCUACACACACCUACACACACACACACGUGCCGCACACAGACGCGGCGCGCCAGCCACCAACUCGGCUUUGUGCCCGUGUCGACUGACGCUUUGUGUCACUUGCAGCUGAGACCGCGGGAUGGAGAGGGGGGUAGCGGAGCAUGGGGGAUUGUUUCUCAUUUCAUUAGAACAGGAGCUAACCCCACUGAACUCGCCCCACUCUAAGAUGCAAACAUAUGUUCCCUUAUUGAAUGUCAUGUGCAUAUGUGUGUAGGUGUGCGCGCACAUACGCACGUGGAGCGGUAGCGUCGCGGUUAGCACACUGGGCUACAGACCCAGCAACCUGAGUUCGAUUCCCGUUCACAGUCAACAUCGGUGACGAAUAUCUGAACCCAUCCUGAGCCUCCCUUAGGUUGACUCAGCCUUAAAAUGAGCAUCUAGUGUCGUGUGUAAGAGAGAUAAAGGCGGUCCAGGUGUGGUCCUGACAACACCAUCCCCUGCAUGGGUUGUGCCAGCCAUCAUUGGUGCCCACUAGCAGCACUUGCAAUACCAGCAGCCUGUGUGGCUAUAGGAGUGAGAUGUUUAUCGUCGUGUGCACGUGCGUGUCUGUGUGUGUUCCCCUUUACAAGGGACAAAGGGGGCGGUUGCUCUGUUGUACAAAAAAAAGGUUACUUUGCUUUGAGAAAAUGGCCAGAUGGGGGCAGAGAGGAUUGUGGAAAGGUCACGGAGGUCAACAGUGCUUAUGAAUGGUCGAGAGGAGCCCCUGGGAUGCCCGGCGGUGAUUUCCUUCAUGAAGUGGGCUUGGUAAAGUAGCUUUCUUGCACCUCCAGCGAUGUGAGCUGUAAUUCUGAUGAUGGAUAUGGUACUCUCGGGAUGAUCUACAGGUGCUGCGCUUUCAUCGGUUAAAUUCAUAGCGGUGCAGCUUACCAUAAGGAGUUGUUGAGUCGUUAUCGUAAAUCAUUAUUUCUAGUUCAGAGGAGAACCGGGUGGGUCAGAGGUCAGAGCACUGAGCUGGAACCACUGAGGUCCUGGGUUUCAAAUCCAGGGCAGCUGCCCAUUAUUUAAAAACAGGAUUUUCAGUGGAGUGAGUUGGUAACCUCAGCCUGGUCAUCAAUGACAUGGCAUUCAGGUUAGUUCUGCAUUUAAUUUAGGAAUCUUACGUAUUGGCUUGACUGUCACCCUCCCGUGCAGAGUGGGUGGAAAAGUGCUGCCCUCUCCCGUGUGGAAAAGAGACAUCACUCGAAGGAAUCUAUGGCAGCUCUGUGAUAUCCGCUUCUUCGGGCCAUUCUAUAGCACAAACGUGUUGCACUGCUCUGUAGGAAAUCUCCAUGGGUACUUUUGCCUCAUGGCAUGACGGAAACAGUCAAACGAUUCGAAACAAGAACAUAUACGAAGUAUAUGUUUAUGUAUUAUAUAUUUAAUACACAUUAAAUCAUAAAUCACAACACACCUCUCAAUGUGCAGGCAUGUGGAAAGAGAGAGCGGUGUUUUUAAACCGUUAGGCCACGUGUUGUGAUGGCUCUCUUUGUAACACCAAUUAACAAAUAACGGCGAAUGCUAUUCAGCGAGGGAGCCCUCCUGUGUAAUGCUCGUAAUUGGUGUUAGAGGCACCAACGAUGCAAUCUUGGCAUCUUGUCUAAAUCAUUAUUUACAUGAACACAAACAUUAUGCGCCGUACUAACGACAAUUUGACUCACUUGAUGCACAAUCGUUGCCUAAAAAAUCCGCGGCUGCAAUAUUGGGACGCGGUCCCGCGGGUUAGCAGGUGACAGGUGUUGAACGAUACGAUUAAAGGAGAGUGUCUGAGGCUAUAGAUCUCGAUGUGGAUCAGACUCCAGGUCACCCUGAAAUCCCUUCUGAAAUCACUCUUCCCACUGUCUAUAACCCAAAAUUUACUUUGAUAUGGCACGUGAAGAUUUGUCGGACAGAAUGUUUAGGUGACCGGUUUCCGCCACCUCAAUUUGUCACAGUGCUACGACACGCGAAGCAAUGUCGUACUGCUACUAUACCCCCAGCCUCCUCCUCAUAGGUUAAGCUUGGCCAGAAUGUGGCUAUUUGCACUGCAUGACUCAGGUGAGGUGAAGGUAAAGGCGAAGCCCUGCGAUCUCUCACUCACGCUGCCGCUGGCAGCAGAAGGCCCUCCGUUACAUGGAGCUCCGGAGGGCCCCACAAGACGGGAUUUUUGUUUUUAUAAUCUUCCACGGUGGCCAGACGUCAUGGAAAAGUUGCAUUACCCACACUUUUCCCCACCACAAAUGGACUGCCGAUCAAUUAACUUUGGUGUUAUCACAAUUAUACUACUGGGUGGACAUAGACGAGGUGAGGGGGGUAUUUAAGACGUGCCGAAAUGUUUCAAAAGCCACGCUGGGGGAUUGAUUGAACCACCAGCUUCUGGCUUGGGAGUCGAGUAUGCUCACCAUUACACCACGGUAGCAUCCACUUAACAUUGUUAUGGAUAAUAAAAUAAAUAACAAAAUUCAUCGGGAGCUUGGUCUCACGCCUAAUCAAUUUGGAUCUCAAGUCGAAAUGAAUCUAAUCUACCGAGCUACGGCACAGAGACGAGUACCCACCGCUUCGCUGCAGCGAUAAGGAUCCCUCUAAUUGGCUAGCUGAGCGAGCAAGAUCAAGGGGUCAUCACGACCAAUUAGCAAGAGAUAUCGCCACACCGUGUGCCAUUGCUUCCUCCCGCUUGGCAGAUCCCACAGCAGCGGCUGCACAGCCGACACGCCCAGCCUCCGCCGUGUUGUACCCCCCCCCCCACCUCCGAUUAGCACGGUUGGCCACGUACGGUGCGAUAGAAGUUCAACGUACAUGCGGACAUACAUCACACCGACACAGGCUCUCUUCACGGUAUCCCUCACCAUCUGGCUUUAAAAUUAAAUUAAAUAUUUGGUGAUGCUGCUGCUGCGUUCGCAGUGAUACGCAAGCAAAAAUAACGGAUACGUUCAUCAGUAACACUGUGGCCUUAAACAUCCUAAAUAUAUAAUAGACGACGUUUCGGGCAAUGGUCCUUCUUCAUAGCACAUCUGGCUUGAGGUCUUCACCUUGGUCACACACCUCCUGGGUGCUACUCCAAUACCUUUCUUGAUCACCUGCCCUCCUCCACAUUCCAAGGGCAAGGCUGCAAAACUUUACCAACUGGAGUGGCAAAAAUGUAAAGGUACCAAUUUCUUUACAAUGCCAAUAAAAGCGAAUUGUGCCAUUGUGACCUGGCAUGUUUAAACGUCGUGACUUAAUGCACUUUUAUCAACAAUGUAAGGAAAUUAUUAUAACUAAAGGUGUGCCACAUUAGGUCGAUGUUGUGCCCACAGGCUAGCAUUGAUGCGGUGGCGAGAUGUUAACCUCUUCGCCAUAUAUAUAGGAGGUCGUAGGUUCGAUCCCAACCCUGACGGAUGUAUUGUUGAAGUUUGCAUGUUCUCCCGGUGGUCUUGUAGAUUUUUCUCCGGAUUGUACUGGUCUUCCGGCGUGGAAGAGCAGGCCAAAAUUCCCUCUAAGAGGGUCACUCUAGAGUUCCCCAUUGAGGAGGCCCUUUUUCCAGCAGUGGCAUGAGCAGGGAAUUACAGGGCUGCACCUCGAAAUGUGUAUUUCCAUCUGUAAGUGCAUUCAUCUUCUCAUUUUGUAUGAAUGAUGUAGAUACAGAGCAACCACUAGAAUUUCACAUUCAGGUGGUCAGGCCAGAUAACCGCGUGAGGAGCAGCAGAGUGUAUCGCGUCGUUAUACGUUAUGCGGUCUGUUCUGGAUGACCACAGUCGCACACUACUACUGGAGAGUGUUUAACUUCCCAAUUGUGCAUCAGGUAUUCGCAUCUACUGCCACGAUGUGCUGCUGUGGAUGCAGUUUAGGGUGGACCGUGAGCCUCGUGGUAGAUCAAACCCAGGGGGAUCUUCCGCUAAUGAGCUUAAAGGAAAUGCGACCGCUAAAACUCCAAAUGUGUUCGCCUGCCGAUGCGAUCCUCCGCUGCGCGGUUCCACCGCGAGGGAGGAGCGGUGAUGACGGCACCCACCGUGGCGGUGCUGCCGCAGCGUACGACGCCUGCGGGAGUGACGCCGCCGCUAAAGGGGUCGGUGCAGAAGCGCUUGACCCGUAAAUUUUUAAUGUCUCGCUUCCCGUUAACGAAGCCUCAAAACUCACAACGGACAUCGACAGCAACAACAAGCCAAGAGAGUUAAUAGACCGCGUCUGGCAGUGGUACACAGGCGAGAGAAAUAUAUUAAUUAUCCCACGUCCGUCGUGAACGCUGCCUUAGAACAGAAAUAUGCCGUCGGUCAGCUGUUCACUCGGUGAAACUCAAACACGUUCGUCAAUAACGCUGUGGUCCUAAGUGGGAAAAUAAAUAUUUUAUAGGUGACGUUUCGGGCAAUAGCCCUUCUGUAAAAAUAGCUUUAUAGCUCAUCGGAUUCAUUCUGAAUGGCCCAUCUUCGCAGCGAGUGAUUUUCUUAUCCACUCUCUCCCUCUCUGUCUCUCUGGCCUCUCUAUUUAUACACGAUGAAGAAUUGCCAUUGCCGGAAACGUCACCUAUUGUUAACUUUAUUCAACUUAAGGCCACACAGAGUGUUGAUAUUGAAGAAUGUUGUCAGAGGUUUUUUUGUUAUUUGUGUUUUGUGCGCCACUGUAGCACCGAAUAAUUUAUUACAUUCCACAGUUAAUCGGUCUUAGCAGAGCAAAAGGCAGGACAGUGGCAGUGAUUGCUCUUGUAAUUGGAGGCCGCAAUUUUCUCUUAGGGUGCUCUCAGAGAAAGGGGGGGGGGGGGCAUUUAAAAAAAGUUGACAAAUUAACUGUCACGUAAAUAUUUAUUCCAUUCGUAGACAACCAUCGCAGAGACGACAAAAGUCAAACGCAUGCACGUAUGGCGAUUCAUAUUUAAACGUUGAAAUGAUCAAAUGUGGCUGUUUGACUGCAUUCUGGCGAAGCUCACAACAACGCAGUGCCCACCGUCUGAUUUCAUCCGGAAGGUGAUGGGGAAGGAUCCUAUUAUCUGUGUUUAUCGAUGAAAGUCACACCAUUUUGACGACAAAUGAGAUUGGUGCCUGAAAGAUGUGGGGCACCACUUGAGGAUAUUGGCACUACGAGAGAGAGAGGGGAAAGUGGGAACAACAAUUGACGAAAUGUGCAGUGGACACCGAUUACGAGCUCUCUGCCCACGGAUCGAGAUGGCGAGGGCACAGAUGAACUCGGUGAUAGGAUUAACUUGUCAUCACUUUUAGGUCACUGGUCUUAUCGAUGCAGAUUCGAUUAACAUGUAAAUGCUCCAUAAUACAGGGUUUUGUUGCGGUUAGAUCGCGUAAAUAUAAAUGUGUUGUUAAACCCGCCACCACCCAGCAAAGCCAAUUAGUAAGGUUUGUCACGGAAACAAAACGUGCCAAUUCGUUAAUAGUACAGCACGCCGGUAUGUUGAGAGACACCAUUAACAAUUCGAGUACGAUGUAUUAAUGAGCAUGUAAUUGCUCACUUAAUUGCCAAUAACAGAUUUAUAUAUAUAUAGAGGACUGCAGGGCUUUGGGGGAACUCUAUCGCCAGCUCACCCGCCUGUCUGUGGUUCCUCCUCGCGCUCCCGAGUGGCUCGCUGUCCGAGGGCGAGGGGUAACCGGCGGCGCCUUACAAGUCGAGGCUGUUCCAAGAGGUUCAAUUUUACCGUCACUUCACGGCACCUCCUCUCGGUCGUGCGUAAGCGUUGAUGAUAAUGCAACAAAAAUAUAACGUGGAUAAUCGUUUCUAUGGAUGGAUUCGGAUGCGUCGUAUAACAGAUAUAUGAAUGAAAGAAGUUCAAUUGUGACGACCUUGAGUAGCUAGUUAGGGUGCAUUUUCAACCCGAGACACGUCAUGCUUGUGUUUAUUUUUUUCCAAAAUAACAGCUGCUUGUUCUCUGGGCGAUACGUUCAACGGAUUUGGAAGCUAAUCUGUCGAUUCUGGCGAUUCAGCGGCAGCCGUCCCCGCUCUUGCCGCGCAAUGACCUCACCGCUCUCCAAAGGCUGCAGGCGGGAUCAUAUUCUGCAAGGGAGUGGUAAAGAAGGUCAGCGCUCGACCUUUUGAACCCCCUGCCACCCUUAAGCCCCCCCCCCCGCCCCCUUCCCUUUGCCCCCGAGCCUCCGGGUAAAAAAAAAAUCAACCCUGGAGUGGUGGCUCUCGGUCAGCUCGCUCGGAAUAGAGCGCCUGGCACAGGCUAUGGAUGUGCCCAAGAGCAAUGGGAAUACAAAGCGGAGUCGGACGUGACCAGAAUAGAGUUUCUCGCCAAAUAGCCAUGGCCUCCGCUACCCGGCAGUCUCAAAGGGCAUCCGGAAUCGGUGUCUGUGCUGCGGAGAGGGAGUGAUUUUUUUUUUGUUAAUGACGUUUGUCCCAGAGCUCAGCUCUAUCUUGGGCUCCGUGAGAUUCGAGAAGGAAGCUCGCAAUUUGAAGAAUGUGGUGCUCCGUGAUGCGGUGACGUUCCUGAGAGGCCCAUUUCUACAUUACGGUUGCUACCGCUUGUGCCAUGCCUUCCGCUCCUAUGACAUGGACGUGGAGCAGUGCCUGCUAGAGUCCCUGCCGCUGGGCCAGCGGCAGCGGCUGGUGCGGAGGGCUCGCUGCGCCCAGCUGCACGCCUACUACCAGCGCGAGCGCGAGCUGCGGCGGCACGGCGGCCGCGGUGGGGCCGGCGGUGGGGCCGGGGGUGGGGCCGGCGGUGGGGCCGGGGGUGGGGCCGACGGUGUGGCCGGGGCGCCCAGGACGGGGAGGAACGCCGGCGGGCGCCGGACCGGGGCGCGAGCGGCGUUCGGCCGCCUGGAGAUGCUGCACGACGCCAUCCUGCAGCACGACGAUAAGGAGGUUUUGAAGCUGCUUAAAGACUCCUUCAACCCCAACGCAAAAAACCUGAAUGGAAACUCCCUGCUUCACACGAGUGCGCGCAGUAACAACGUGCUGGCGGCGGAGCUGCUGCUGGAGCGCGGGGCGGACGUGAACGCCCAGGACGACGACUCGUGGACGCCGCUGCACGCCGCCGCCGCGUGCGAUCACGCGGACGUGCUGCUCCUCCUCCUUCUGGCCGGAGCCAACGUGCUCCUGCAGGACGUGGACGGGAAUGUCGCGCUGGACUACACCCACGAGGGCACGCAGUGCCGCCACCUGCUGCUGCGACACCUGGAGGAGAACGGAGUGGACGUGGGAGCCCUCAGGCAGCUCAGGAAUCAGAGGCCCCUGUCCAUGCUGGCUGACGUCACAAAGCUCGUCGCCUCGGGCAGCUGUGUCAACCUCCCCAACGAUGAGGGGGUCACGCUGCUGCACAUCGCGUGCGCCAAUGGCUACGUGGACGUGGCGAGCCUGCUGCUGGAGAAGGGAGCCAACAUGAACUGCCUGGAUGGGACCUUCUGGACGCCGCUUCACCUGGCGGCCAAGUACGGCCAGACGUGCAUCGUGAAGCUGCUGCUGAAGCAUAGCGCUGACCCCAACGUCAUCAACUGCAACGGAGAGAAGCCUUCAGAGGUGUCCGACUCGGAGACCAUCGAGGAGCUGCUGCUGGAGGCGGAGGCGGAGAGCGGCGAGCGGCAGCGCUACCGCCCGCUGGCGCUCGCCGGUGCCGACACCGCCGGGAGGGCCCCGGACGCCGCCACGGACGAGGCCGCGCUGCUCCGCAAGCUGAAGCCUCUGCUGCUGCCCAUCUCGAAGCAGGACAGCUUUGCGGAGAAGGACGCCAUGUUCAAGGGCAGCGCCCUCUUCAAGCAAGCCUCGCUGGACGACGGCAGCGGCGGCCACAGUCGCAUAUUCAACAAAUACGAGCAGGUGAAGCUGAUGCCCCCGGCGCCCAGCGACGACCUGGCCACACUGAGCGAGCUGACGGAGAGCAGUCUGCUCUACGAGAUCCAGAAGCGCUACAGCAACAACCAGAUAUACACGUACAUCGGAGAUACCCUGCUUGUUGUGAACCCUUGCAAGGAGCUCCCAAUUUAUUCGAACAUGGCCACCCAGCUGUACGUGAGCCACUGCGGUCGCUUCUGCCCGUCGCUGCCGCCGCACGUCUUCGCCUGCGCCGAGCGUGCGUUCCACACGAUGCUGCGCGAGCGGCGCUCACAGUGCUUCAUCCUCGGUGGAGAGAGCGGCUCGGGGAAGAGCGAGGCGAGCAAGCACAUCGCCCAGCACCUGCUGCUCCGCGGGCCUGGGGACGGGCCCGAACUGCACGCGCGACUUGUCCACGUGAGCUGCCUACUGGAGUCGUUCGGCAACGCCGUGACGCCCGUGAACGCCGAGUCGAGCCGCUUCUCGCAGCACCUGGAGAUCCACUUCGAGGCGCGGAGCGGCCGCCCCGUAGGAGCCCGAGUGUUCGCCUACUGCCUGGAGAAGUCUCGCCUGGUGGCCGCGCCCGCGCACCAGGGCAACUUCAAGAUCUUCCACCUGAUGUCCGGCGGGCUGACCGCCGACGAGCGGAGCUACCUCUACCUGUCUAACAUGGCGUCCUUCCGGUACCUGAAGGAGAGCACUCGGAGCAGCACUCCCACGGCCAGCACGAGCGACAAGGAGAGGCUGGACGCCGUGAAGACCGCUCUGCAGGCGCUGUCCUUCAGCAACAACGACGUUGAGAACCUGCUGCUCGUGCUCUCGGCCGUGCUUCACCUGGGCGACCUGCACUUCCUGGGCAUCUCCAGCACGGAGGCGGCGCACGUCACUGACACGCGUCUCCUGCAGCGCAUCGCCUACAUGCUGCAAGUGUCUCCGGAGGAGCUCGGCACAGCCCUCACCUCGGACACGAUCUACACUAAAGCAGGAGAGCUGCUGGCGCGCAAGCUGAGUGCCGAGGCGGCGUCGUGGGCCCGCGACCUCCUCGCCAGGGCCAUCUACGGCCGCCUCUUCGGCUUCCUCGUUCAAGGCGCCAACCGCUACCUGCAGGCGGCCGCUGGCAGCGAACCCACGACGGAAAUUGGCAUCCUCAACAUAUGCGGCUUCGAGCGAUUUCAGAAGAACUCCUUUGAGCAGCUGUGCGUGAACCUGGCGAGCGAGCGGCUGCAGCAGCACACCGAGCUCCAUCUCUUCGCGCUGGAGCAGACCCAAUGCGCCCAGGAGGGCGUCGCCACGGAGAUCGUCGGUCUCCACGGCAACCAGCGGCUCCUCGACUUUUUCUUCCAGAGACCGCAGGGAAUGCUGCAUCUCCUGGAUGAAGAGAGCACGUCGGCUCAGCCGUCAGACCAGGCCCUGGUGAAGAGGAUACAGGGCUCCUUGGAGAGGAGCCACACCAACGGGGUGCUCAGCAUGCCGGGGAGGGACCGCAAUGGCAACGCCCAGACCCAUUUCACCAUCAAGCACUUUGCCGGCGAGGUCACCUACGACCUCACGGGGGCGGCAGCAAAGAACAAAGACCAGCUCCCUCAAAGCCUCCUCUUUGUCAUGAAGACCAGCGAGAACGUGGUGCUGAGGCAGCUGUUCCAGGCCCGGCUCUCGCCCACCGGCGCGCUGCUGCCCCCCACGGGGAACCGCUUCCCCUUCCGCCUCGCCAAGGCAGGCCGCCUACACCCGCAGGCAGCGGCGGCGGCCGCAGCGGCCACCACCACCACCACCACCGCAGCAGCGCGGCCUCGCGAGCCAACGGCGCUCACGAGCAAGCUGCUCAAGAAGAAGGGUGAGGGCAGUAGCCUGGCUGAGAGCCUGGAGCAUGGGCAGGAGCUGACACUUACCUCUCAGCUGCGGAUGUCCCUGAGCGACGCGCUGCUGCGGCUGGUCGGCUGCACCCAGCACCACCUGCGCUGCGUGCGUCCCAACGAGGCCGGCCGGCCCGACGCCUUCGAGGCCGAGCUUGUGUCGGCCCAGCUGCGGCACGCGCGGGUGCUGCACACCGUCCGCCUGCGCCGCUUCGGAUUCCCGGCGCGACUCCCGUUCGCCGACUUCCUGGACCGGUACAGGGAGCUGUCCUUGGUGCUGAUCCCUCUGAGGAGCAAGAUGGCCCCUCAAGAGAAAUGCCGUCGCAUUCUGCAGUGCUGCGGACUACAGGAGUGGCAGUUGGGUCCCUCACGAGUCCUGCUCAAGCACUGGCACGGAGACCAGCUGGCCGAGAUCUGCCACCAGCUGCAGCGGAAGGUGGUCGUCUGCCAGAAGGCGGUUCGGCGCUUCAUAGCUCGUCAGCGGCUGCGUCAGCGGCUGGCCAUGCGCCGCUGGGACUCGGCGUGCACGGAGGGCUUCCUGGGCUCGGCGCAGGACGCGGGGCUGCGCGCGUCCACGGCGGCACACAGCGGCGCCGCCCGCUCGCACGCCCGGGCACGGGGAUCGACCGCCAGGGCCGUGGCCGCGGGGCGCCGAGGUCUGGCCGGCGGCGACCCCGCCAAGGGCACCGGCGGAAACCGAGCGACGAACGGAGGGAGGGACGGAGGCGCCGCCGCCGCCGCCGGCCCGGGCCGCUGCUGCUGUGGCUCGGAGGGCCCGUCCGGCGCUGGCCGCGGCUCGCUGACUCUGCCCGCGGCGGCGGCGCUGCGUCCCGCGGGCCGCUCCAUCCCACGCUCGCCGUCCCUCCACUCGCUGGCGGCGGCGGCCGGAGAGAGGGCGACGACGGGGAGCGAGAGGGGGGCGGCGGCGGCGACGGCCGGAGGGAAGGGGGCGACCGGGGCGGGCGGCGCGGCCGCGGCAGCGCCGGGUUCCGGCGGAGGGGCGGCCGGAUCGCCGCGUAGACAGCCGCCGCCCAAGCCCAAGCGGAACCCCAGCACGCGGCUCAGCGCAUCGUACGAGGCGGUGGGGACCGGCGGGACCUCCUCCACCGGCUCCACGAGCCAGGCGGAGCCCUUCGACAAGUCCGAGCUGAAGCCGCGGCCCCACAGCGACGACUACAGCACCAUGAAGAAGAACCCGCCACCCAAGCCCAAGCGCAACCCCAGCACGCGGCUCAGCGGCUCCUACGAGGAGAUCGGCGCUCAGCCGCAGCCGCCCGCGUCUUCUGCGGCCGCAGGCGAGCACGGCCGCCUCUGGGCGGAGGAGGCGGACGACGGGGAGCCGGUCUACAUCGAGAUGGCCGGCGACUUCGGCAGGAGCUCGACGCCGGAGGCGGCCGAGUCCGAGUACGAGGAGAUGAAGUACUUCCACCCAAGCCCCGGGCCGGACGACUCUUGUGGCUCGCGGCGAGGGCGCUUCGCCAGGCCAUCGCGGGGCGCGGGAGACGAGGAUGACGGGCCAGGCGAGGGGGCGGCCGUGGCGCCGCCGUCGCCGCCGUUCCUGGCGCGGUCCCCACCGCCGCCGCCGUCGUACCGGAUCCCGGCGCCAUUCCCCGACCUGCUGCCGCACCGCCCGCCGUUGCUCGUCUUCCCCACGAGCGGCGCCAACUGCUGCCCUCCGCCCUUCGACGAGUCGCCGCUCACGCCCCUGGAGGUGAAGCAGCUGCCCAUCCUGGACACGGCCAUCAUCGGCUACGUCUCGCGGCCGCCGGACGGCGCCGGCCCGGCGUCCCCUGGCGACGAGCAGGCCCCGGCGCUCGACGGCGCCGCGAGGGCUUCCACCCCGCCACCCCCCUCCGCCGCCCCCGCCGCCGCCCCCAAACGCCACCGCGGCCGCGCCGCCGCGCGGGCCGCGUGCGACCGCGGCGUCCCUGCGCUGCCGCCAGUCCUCGCUGCCUUCGCCCAACGAGCUGGCGCGCGCCGCCAGCAGCAAGGCCCAGCGGCUGCAGGCCCUGUCCGGCGCCGCCAGGUCGUGCCCCGCGGGCGCCGACUUCACGAAGGCCUCCGAGGACACCGCCGACUCGGCGGCGAAGGCCCAGCGGAAGGACGGGCAGACCGGCGGAGGCCGCGGCGCGCGUCCCGACUCGGGCGAGACCCUGCCGGCCGGCGCGCUGAGCGGCCGGAGGGACGGGCGCGGGGCGCGGGCGCCCGGCGGUGCCACGCGGCGGCCGAACGACCGCGGUGGACGGCGGCGUCGGCGGCGGCGGCGUGCGGCCCAGCGGCGCAAGCCCUCACCAGCCCCCUGGACGAGCUCAACAGCAUCUUCAGCUCGGGGAAGCUGCCGCUGCGCCGGUCGUCGGCCGGGAGACGCAUCAGGCAGUCCCACGCGCCGCCCGCGGCGGAGGGGAGCGACUCGCUCAACGGGAGCCCCAGCCUCAACGAGGAGGGGACGGCCGCCGCCGCCGCCGGCAGCAACGGCACCAGGAGCGCGAUGCCCAAACCCAGCAGCACGGCGCCGGCAGAGGCACCGAACUCUGCUCCAAAUGGACCAGAGGCACCCCCAGGGAGCCGUCCUCCACAGCCGAAGCAGCAGCAGCAGCAGCCGCUGCAGCCGCCAUGCGCCGUCAGCGGCACCCAGUCGCCUCCACCCAUCGCCCGAGCCCCCAGCGAGGCUGCUCGCAAACAACAGCAGCAGAUGUGGCAGCAGCUGAGCACGGAGCGGGACCAGGCGGCGCUGCGCGAGGUGCUGGAGUGGCGGCGCCGUCUCUGCGAGGAGCCCUGCCCGCCCGCCGAGGCGUCCGCGUCCCCGGGGACGCUGCCCGCCGUGCUGCGCAAGCAGGGCUCCCUGGGCGCCCGCGUCGAGCCGGGCCCCCAGCUCAACGGGCCCUCGGAGAACGGCGGGACGCCGACCCCGCGCCCCUCCGCCCCCGCCGCCCCCGCCGCCGCCGCCACGGCCGGCGUCACGCGCGCGGAAGUCGGAGCGGCCCGCGCCCCACGACCCCGCGAUGGCUCGGCCGAGCCCGGGCCGCCCGUUGAGAACGGAGUCGGCAAGGCGGGGGAGGGUCGUGCCACUGCCGCCACUGCCGCCACCGCCAAGGCGCAGCAGCAGCAGCAGCUGCAGCAGCGCAAGGGAGUGUGGGAUACCGCCAUGUGACCGCCGAGCGGCCGCGGGGCCGCGAAGGGACGGGAGCCCCUCGCGACUUUUUUGUCUUCGCGCGUCGCCGGCCGUCGCCGCAGCCGCCGCCGUUUCCUCCGACGGGGGAAGAG